CCCGCGUGUGUCCCGGAAGUGAAAGCGCAGGACUGAUGUGUGUCUGGAGUGUAGGAAUCUGUCGGCAGCGGUUGUGUUUAGCUGUGGUUUUCUGGUGUAGAAAAUGGACACGUUAAAUAAGCUGAAACAGUUUGACGCUUAUCCCAAGACUCUGGAAGAUUUCCGGGUGAAGACGUGGGGAGGAGCGACCGUGACCCUCGUCAGCGGUGUCAUCAUGUUAAUCCUGUUCGUCUCCGAGCUGCAGUACUAUCUCACUAAAGAGGUUCACCCUGAGCUGUACGUCGACACGUCGCGAGGAGACAAACUGAAGAUCAACAUCGACGUCAUUUUCCCUCACAUGCCUUGCGCUUAUCUUAGUAUAGAUGCAAUGGAUGUGGCCGGCGAGCAGCAGUUGGACGUUGAACACAAUCUGUUCAAACAGCGGCUGGACAAAGACUUCAAACCCGUCACCAUCGAGGCAGAGAAACACGAACUCGGCGUGGCUGACGACGGUGAGGUGUUCGACCCCAGUACACUGGACCCAAACAGAUGUGAGAGCUGCUAUGGAGCCGAGACCGACGACCUCAAAUGCUGUAACACCUGUGAUGACGUGCGGGAGGCGUACCGGCGGCGAGGCUGGGCAUUCAAGAGUGCUGACACCAUCGAGCAGUGCAAGAGGGAGGGCUUCACGCAGAAGAUGCAGGAGCAGAAGAACGAAGGCUGCCAGGUUUACGGCUUCCUGGAGGUCAACAAGGUGGCAGGAAAUUUCCACUUUGCUCCUGGGAAAAGUUUCCAGCAGUCUCAUGUCCACGUACACGCUGUGGAAAUACAUGACCUGCAGAGUUUUGGCUUGGACAACAUAAACAUGACCCAUUUGAUAAAACAUCUGUCGUUUGGUAAAGAUUACCCAGGCAUCGUUAAUCCUCUGGACAACACAAACGUCACAGCGCCACAAGCGUCAAUGAUGUACCAGUAUUUUGUGAAAAUCGUUCCCACCAUCUACGUGAAAACCGAUGGAGAGGUGGUAAAAACAAACCAGUUCUCAGUCACCAGGCAUGAGAAAGUGGCCAACGGGCUAAUAGGAGACCAGGGGCUGCCGGGCGUGUUUGUUUUGUAUGAGCUGUCGCCCAUGAUGGUUAAAUUCACAGAGAAACACAGAUCGUUCACACACUUCUUGACAGGCGUUUGCGCCAUCAUUGGAGGAGUAUUUACAGUGGCCGGUCUGAUCGACUCGCUCAUCUACCACUCGGCUCGGGUCAUCCAGAAGAAGAUAGAGCUGGGCAAGGCGUCCUAACAGCGCCCCCCGCUGGCCUCCAACGGUGCAACACAGACCAAGACACGGACACGGAGAACGACAGACAGACAGACAGAGGGAGGCAGAGGUUUGGAAACAGAAGCAGAGCAGCUUGUUUUCCUUCCGUCUGUCUGUCUUCUGUCACAGUGGAUGAGAGAGAUUCAGAGGGAGACAGAGAGGUUUUAAAUCGGCCAAGUUUUUAAUUCCUCUGUCUCUCCUUUUGCUGCACAGGAGAGGAUUUUGCUCUCCGCUGUUAAGUUUGAUGCCAACGGGGACAGAGUCAGAGUCCGAGUCCGCAAUUGACUGAUGAGACUUUUUGGGAUUGAGCUCGAGCAGAGAAUGAGACUCAGCAUCUAGAAGCUUCUUCACGUAGAAAGAGUCACGUUUACAUCCUGCUGCAGCGGCGGCAGACACUCAGCUCGCCGCACUGAAUGUCCGUUAGACGAUCUGCGGUCGAGCCUUUGUUCCAGAGGGGGAAUGGAGGCUUUUUAAAGGAAUACGUCACCCAAAAUCUUUAGUCUUCGUAUCAGCUUCUCGCCCCACGGAAAAAAUGUUCGCUCUCGCAUUUCUGUAAGCCGAAUCACCGAAAGCCUGGCAGGACACAAAUGUUUUCUCGUGAUUAAAAGAAGGUUGCUUCAUGAUCAAAAUUUACUGAAUCAUAAAACAACUUAACCCUGGAUAAGUUUGGUGAUAUUUUAUACUUAAUGUCAGCAAAUCCCAUGAAAAAAAAAUCCUCUGUGCCAUCGAGCUCCUUUGUUGUCCCAGAACUGUUAAAAACACAUCAGUGAGUCACGCUGUUGCACUGAGUGACAUGUCCCGUCAUUACUGUGAACACACACACACACACUCUCACUGUAGUUUAUUCUGACUCAAUCCCACAUGCACCGUCCCACUGCUGGAAAAACUCAACCGAGUGCCAAAUGCGUAGUAAUCCGCAGCUCAAAAUAGUCCCCCAGCGAAUGCACCAUUUCAUCUUGUUCGAGUAACAUUUGCUAAAAACUGCAGUGACAAAAUCCUGAGGUUUUCCAGCAGGACUCAGUGGGCCACAGAUGUGAUCCAGCUUUUUUGUUUUUUUUCAUGGGAUGUGUGUGUGUGAGAGAGUGUGUGAGAGACAGUAAGAUUGUCACCUGCCUUGUCCUUUAAGUUCAGUCCGCUUGCACUCUUUAUGUCUGAUUUUUUUAGUUUAAUUUAGUGUUCAAGUGUUAAAAUACAGCAACCUGAACUGAAAUCCCGACCAGAUGAAGACUCGAGUGCGAAGUAGAGCUGCUAACAUUUAUUUUCAUUAUCAAUUAAUCAGCCCGUUAUUUUCACAAUUAGUCGUUUGACCUGCAAAAUGUCAGAAAAUUGUGAAAAACCCUCCUCGGGAUUUCCCACAGCUCAAAAUGUUGUCUUCAGUUUCAACAGUAAAAUCACGUAAACAGUUCAUUGCUUGUCAAAUUGAGAACCUAACUUUCGUGGG